AUGUUCUCAACGAGGCUAUCGUCGGCAAAUGCUCUGGGAACAACACGUCAAAGUUUUCGCGAUCGCCUUAGAAAACGUCAAAAAAAGAUUCUUGGCAGAUUUCGAAAGCUUAUUCCAAAAAGCCCUGCAGUUCUGGCUAAUGAGAAGAUCGAAAUUUCAAAUACCAAUAAUUGCCAAACGUCCAGCACUAACGGUCACAAGAGGUCAGUUGCAACGCGAGAGAAGUUGAUUUAUUGGAAAUUAAAUUUUUUGUAUACAAUCGUGGAAGAUGAGUGCCAGAGGUACCAUCCAUCACCACUGGGGACCGAUCCGAGCCGUCAACGCUGCUUGAGGAUUACAACUGUUUCGCAAGAAACGAUUAUCUUUCGAAGAAUUUCCUCUGCGAGUCCUCCUCGAUCAACUCUAUUAGACGAUGGUGGAUGGUUCGAGACUAAAAAGCGUUUUUUGACGAGUCAAGUAUCUCUUGAGUGGAUCACACUUAUGUAG